AACCUUUCUCUCGAUACAAGUUUCUAUGACCCUGAGAAAAUACCAAACACUAAAGACGAUGAAGUUCACGAAGUUUUUCUCAACUUUGGCUUCCCAAAAGGCGCUGCGGUCAACAGCCGACGUCUGGUUGUACCACGUGCCCCAUUGGUUCAAAGUCCGUCUACGUGGGGUCUCACGCCUUGUUCACGUGCGUGUGAUGAAGAAGUGUGCGCCUGUACGAACGUGGUGGAUUUACCCGCUAAGAAAACGAUUCAAGUUGUUUUGAUGGCUUACAGUGGUGCAAAGCUUGGUCACCCUGUACACAUCCAUGGUCACAGCUUCCAGGUACUCAAAAUAGGCUUUCCCAUCCAAAACCAAACUUCAGGAAAAAUUCUUCAAGCCAAUCCCGACAUAACUUGCGACAACAAACACUGCAGUCUCAGCCACUGGUCAGCGGGUGCACCAAAGGAUCUCAAAUUUGAGGACCCGCCGCUUAAAGACACCGUGAUCGUUCCAUCGUAUGGUUAUGUUGUGGUACGCUUUAUUAGCGAUAAUCCAGGUUACUGGCUCGCGCAUUGUCACGUGGGAAAUCACUUAGCUGAAGGAAUGGGGAUGAUCUUUAACGAGUCAUUCCCCCAUCAGCCUCCUGCACCCCCCGGAUUUCCAACAUGCCAGGAAUUCAGCCAGGAUCACAGCAGUUUCAGUGUUUAUUUAAAGAAAAAUAAGGAAUGUUUGGAUGACAGUAAGGACUGUGCACAUAUUGGUACAGGGGGGAGCAGUAAAGAGAACAAAGACUGCCAGGACACGUGGAUUUAUCUGGUGAUCACGUGCUGUGCGUUGAUUUGUGCUUUGUUGGCUUUGGUCGUCAAUAUCUUGCUGUGGCGUGCCUUAAAGGGUAAUUGUGUGCAGGAAAGAACCAUUUUUAACGAAGGCAUGGGAAUGAAAAGUCUUAUCAAGGAAACAUAAUCGAGGGAUCUUCACAGACUGCUAAAGUCUAUUAAUGAUGUUUUUUCUAUUUUUGUGAGUUCACUGUUGUCAUCAAGUGUAUAUGAUUAUUUAUUGAUGAUGAAUCGUUAUUUAAUCAUUUUCUUUUUAGCAUGUAAUUGUAUUAAGGACAUUUUUUAUGAGUAUUGAUUAUUAAAUACGAGACAGUUGAUUCUACAAAAAUUAAUCCCAUAAUUUUAUCCAUCCUUUUUGACUGAAGCGAGAUUGAUCGUACGGUGGUUGACUCGGAUGCACUGGGCUUUACACUUCCUCCUUACUGCAGGCUUAGAGUGACUUGCCGGAUAAAACUGUUCAUAAAAUCAUGAUCUCUUCGUCCAAUCAGGAAUGUCUAUUUAGUCGUGUGAUCAGUUGACCUUGUAAAUGUGAUACAAUACGUUUUUCACCUUUGAGAAACCAUUAGCCUUGAUAUUCUAUCGUAGACCUCUCAAUGAAGAGUACAAAGAAAGACAUCACUGACUUUUAUUAAACAGAUCAUGGCUUGUUUUUCA